AUGUCUAACCUUAAGUUUCUUCUCGCCGUCGUCAGCUGCUUAGGGCCGGCCCUUGCAGCUCCGACUCCCACAACCGACUUCAACAAGCGUGCUGAUGAUACCGCUUUCGGUUUCGCCAGCCUGAACGGGGGUACUACCGGUGGUGCUGGUGGUACCACCACCACCGUCUCCUCGUACGCUGAAUUCACCGCGGCCGUCGAGGGCGAUGAGGCCAAGGUCGUCGUCGUCAGCGGAGCCAUUUCCGAGUCCGCGAAGCAGGUCGAUGUCGGCAGCAACACCAGCAUCCUCGGUGCCGACUCCAGCGCUGUCCUCGACGGCUUCGGUCUCCGACUCAAGGAAGUUGAGAACGUCAUCAUCCGCAACCUCGGCGUGAAGAAGGUCACCGCUGAGAACGGAGAUGCCAUUGGUAGCGAAUACUCCAGCAACAUCUGGAUCGACCACGUCGACGUCUCUUCUGACCAGGACCACGACAAGGACUACUAUGACGGUCUCCUCGACUUCAAGCGUGGCUCGGACUACAUCACCGUGUCCAACAGCUACAUCCACGACCACUGGAAGGCCUCGCUCGUCGGACACUCCAACAGCAACGAAGACGAGGACAAGGGCAAGCUCCACAUCACCUACGCCAACAACUACUGGCAGAACCUGAACUCGCGCGGUCCCUCAAUCCGCUUCGGAACCGGUCACCUCUACAACAACUACUACGAAAAUGUCAGCGACGGCAUCAACACCCGUAUUGGUGCACAGGUCCUGGUCGAGUCCAACACCUGGGUUGAUAGCAAGAAGGCCCUUUACUCGACCGAUGAAGGCUAUGCUGUUGAGCGCGACAACGACUUCGGUGGUGCUAAGUCUGAGGCCGAGGAGGGCACUCUGACCAGCGUCGACUAUGAGUAUGAUCUUCUUGGUCCGGAUGCUGUUAAGGAGGCUGUUGUGGGAACUGCCGGGCAGACUCUUACUUUUUAA